UGAAUCACCGAGCGCGCCACCGUCGGAUCUCCUCUUCCUGCCGUCACACCCACUGCUCGGUGUUGUGGGUUCACCCCGUAGAGAAGGGGAGGACCGACGGCACACACAGCAGCAGAGAGUGCUGCAGUGCGAGCGCAGCGGGGGACUCGGAAGCGGAGAGAGAGAGAGAGAGAGAGAGAGAGAGAGAAAAAAACACACACACAUACAUAUACACACGCAUCAGCAGCCUUACUGCCGAAACUUGGUCUAUGGAGAGAGCUGCAGCGACGCCGUAGCGACGCAGGCCGACAUGGAAGAGUAUUUGCGGAGGGUCCAGAGCAGACUCGGGGCAGAUGACCCCAUCCAUGCUGUUUUAGGCGGACCAGAGCCAGAUGUUGACACUGUGGCCGCAACACUGUGCAUAGCACUGCAUCUCAGCCAGAAGGAAGCUUCAGGUGGAGUGUGUGUGCCGGUGCUCUGCCGCCGGCAAUGUGACGCUGUGUUGCCCGGGGAGACGGUGAGGUAUCUGCGGAGGGUAAAAAUUUGCGAGAGCUUGCUGCUUUGGAGAGACGAUGUAGACCUUGUGAAGCUUCAUCACACUGGAAAACUCUCCCUCACACUGCUGAGAGAUGGACUGCUUGACAGCUCUGAGUACCACACCUUGGAGUCCAGCAUCCUGCGAGUGGUCCAUCACGACGGGCAGCAGGAAGCAGCGGAUGAUGGGGCAUCGUCCGCAGUGACGACAGUCGCCGGGGAGAUUCUUCAAGAGGCAGCAGAGCACAUCGGAGCAGCGCUGGGGGAGACUCUCGGAGAGGCAUUGCUGCUGCAAAGUGAAGCCCUGUGGAUCAAACAUGGCCGCCGGUCAGCACAACUGAAGGAGCUUAUGAGGUCCUUGGAGCAAUGGAGUGAUGUCACUGCAAGUCAACAUGAUGAGGCGAAGCGACAAGACUUGGAGCAGCUGCUGACUCUGGAGCUGAAGGAAUUUUCUGAUGGAGAGAUGACUAUAGCACUCACUUCAAUGACCACAGAUAAGGAGGACUGGCAUGAUUAUGUUGACGGGCUGAAAUCAUUUAGCCAUCGCCACGGCUAUGAUGGGCUGGUGGUUCUCCUGUCCAUCAAUAAUACAGUUCAUCACCCCCGCCAGCAGAUGGCUGUCUACUCAAACAACACCGAUCUCCUAAACCAGAUCUGCUGUGAGUUGGAAGAGUCUUCCAGCUGGUCUCUUUCUGGUGAAUUGGAGGCCAAGGAGAGUCUCCAGGUCUACCACAUUCCCAUAAACACCUCCUUAACUACUGGUGCUCCUCCUCCGCUAGUAGAAGAAAUACAGGGCCUCCUCAAGGACUUUGUAGACCGACGCAGCUCUGUAUUAGCCUGCCACCCCAGCAGCAGGACCUCCUCCACAGAGGGAGUGGCAGGCAGCGUGGAGUUCUCCCAGGGAUCAUCUGGUAUCAAUGACAUGGAUGGUUCUGACAUAGAGAGAGCUGAGGGAGGCAACGGAGAUGUGGUGCCAAUAGCAAGAGUUAUGGCAGAUGGUGAAGAAGACACAGGAGGUGUAGGAGCUGGUGCUGGUGGGGAGCUUGUAAGCCCUGAUAGUGGUAUGACCACCAUCCGCAGCAGUCGCUCCUCCAAGGAGAGUUCAGUGUUCCUCAGUGAUGACAGUCCAGUCGGUGAUGUUAUGGCAGGUGGAGGGCCAGCAGCAGGGCCAGGAGGACACUUUCUGAGAAACCCUUCUCCCCUGGGAUUGUUAUCCCUCUCCCCUCCUUGUCCACCAGAGAGGAGGAAGCACCACUCUGGCAGAAAUAAGAGUGAUAACUUUGACCUGUUUAGUUUUGACCCGCUGCAUAGCAGUGACCACUCUAUGCCAACAAGAGGGGAACUGGCAAAUUCUGAUGUAAGAGGAGAUGAAGGAGAAAGAAGAGCAGGGAGCUCUAGCUUAUCAGAGCUUGAAGAGCUGAGCUUGCUUGAUUUCUCUGCUCCCAAUUCAUUGGGCGGGCUUGACAGUAGAAAUUCUUCAAUUGACCACCAUGGUCAAAUCCAUGGGAAUGACAUGAUUGACACUGUGGUUCCUCCAACCCCAGUCAACAGCGUGGUAGGUAGCCGCCCACCCAGCAGUUGUGGGGUCAGGUUCUUCCCAGAAGAUGUGGUUGAAAGGAUCAAUGGUCUGCAGCACAAGGACAGUGUGUCAUCGUCGUUGUCAGAGACCUGGGAUGAACUUGGCUUUGACACACAAGGAGCAUUGUCCUCAGGUGAUAUUACUGAUAAUAGGACCAAGGUAUCUGAGAGCCCGCUGAAUAUUGUGGAGGAAGUUACAGGGAAAGAGUCAGUUGAUGAUACGACAGAACAAGAAAGUAAAGAAGAGAUCUUAAAGUCAGAGAAUGCCCACCAGAAGGGGAGGAGCCUUGAACCCCAGCUUAGUCUGAUCACUGAGCAGACUGAGUCAUAUGACACCUGGAACCCAGAUGUUGUACUUAAGGAUCAUUGGAACCCUGUUAGUUUGGAUUAUCUGCAAUUGACGCCACCGGAGGAGGAAGUAACUGGAAAAUGCAGGGCUGGUGUCAUUGGAGUGAAAGAAAAAACAUCCUCAUUGUCGAAAAAGAAGGCAACCCUAAACACUUUAACACCAGACACGUCUAAAGAAGAAGACGAAGUGGUACAAGGGAAAAAAGGAGACAAACAGAUUGAGCCGCUAGACUUCUGGACGUACACAGCUCAGAAGGGAUUUCUCAAAUCAGAUAGUGGGACCACCACGUCUUAUCCUGAAUCACUAGAUAUGUGGAAUAUGACAAUUCGAGAUGACAGUCUAUCACCCCUUACGACCCCUGACAACUUGUCUGGAAACUCAGGUUCUUUCUGUGGGGUGAAUCCCACUGUUGAGGCUGGUGCAUCUGUGGAAAGUCCAGGAGGAUUCUCUGAUGGUGGAAUGGCGAUGUGGAACACCACCAUUCAGGAAGACAGCUCUUCCACAAUAACAAGCCCCGAAGGACCUGAAAAUGGAAAGAACCUUAGUCACAUGGGAUCAUUGGAUGCCGGUGAUUCUCCCGAGACAAAUGCAAGCAAACAGGUAGAAGGAGAAAAAUCUAUAGAAGAGGAGGAAGGUCUAAAUAAAGCAUUUAGUCAGACACCUGAGGAAGUGGGGUGGAGAGGUUAUGAGCACAAUGUGAAAAUAGUCAUAGAGACAGCAGAAGGUAAAACACAGGAUGAAGAAACAGGUGAUGAUGAGACCCAGAGUUUUCAGAGCUCUGACUUUCAGAACUUGCCAUCCGAACAUUCAAAAGAUGAGACUUCCUUCAACCAAGGCACUGACAUGUGGGACCUACCUGUCCCUGGCAUGGUCACUUCUACUUCAGAAUAUGACAAUGUAGGAGCUGGCACUUGGAGCCUGACAUCCUCCCCUGACACCUAUGCUAGCCCUAUUGUGGACAUGAUACAACUGGAGGAGCAGUCUAGCCCUUUUGUUGCUUUGACAAAACCUAUUCAGGUAGAUGAGCAGGCUGAUCCUCCAGGAAGCACUGAAUACAGAGCAGUAAUUUCUGACAAAGAACAGCCCACCAACCAGGUCUUCUCAUUUGAGGGAACUAGUGAGUUGGGUCACGUGAUUGGUAGUGGGGUGAGUUCAGUUGAGAGUCAGUAUGACAACAAAAGCAGAGAGGGAUCAGAGGGGGCUGAAUGGAUAGAGCAACCCAGUGUUCAUUCCCCAUUUGUUCUGGUGGACUGCUCCACUGUCAGUCAGACCGCAGUCAGUCCGGGAGAAGCUGCUGAGACUCAGAUCCAGGCUGACCAGUCACUAUCCCCAAGCCUUGUUGAGUGGGACAAUCUUGUUUCCAAGAAGCAUGGUCUCUCGUUCACAAUGGUCCAAAAUGAAGAUGGGCCUGCUGCUGAAAACCAAGGUGGUCCUGACAGUGAGACCAUUGGAAAUGUGGUAGGUAAAACAACAGAAAUCAUGUCUUUAAGCUCCAGCUCUGGGGGGGAAAGAGACACACUAAAGUAUAGCCCUGACAGCCUUCACCCAGGUAGUCGCGAUGAACUCAGGUCCAAUUCUGACGGAGAUUCUUCAUCAGGUCUAGAAAUGGAUUACAUCAUUGUGUCGGGCACUGUAAAAGAAGCUGAGAGAGAGUGGCAUGAUAGGCCUAAAAGGGUCGACAGGCAAUCAAAAGGUACAAGAAAGUCUAUGGAGACAUUUAGCAUGCUUUCCUAUGCUGCAACGGUACUGCAAACCCAGGUCCAAGCUGCAAAGAGGGAACACCAGGAGGAACAAAGAAGACCAAAUCAAGAGAUCAGAGGUACUGACAGUAUACUUGGCAAAGUUACAGAACAAAGUCAAGCUCAUUACCAAGCAAGUCCUGAUAAUGCCACUGAGCAUCACAUGGUGCCAGAAAUACUCAGUCCCAGUCAAUCAGAUUCCAGACCAACAGAUUACAGUCAAACACAGAUAGAAGAAGGAAACUAUGAGGAUAAAUCAAGCACUGUGGCCAGAAGUGUGUCUCCAUCAUUAAGAUAUCCAUCAGAUCACUUUCUGAAAACCAGAGAGGAAGUGUAUGUCCAUUCACAGAUCUCAAUGGAAGAUUCAGAUGAGGGUGGGCAGUCACCCUCUGCACCUCCACCGUGCCCUACUUCUUUGAGCGACUUUCAAGUCUGGGGGGGUCAGUUAGCGAGACAGGAUGCACCUCAAACCACAUCUGAACCACAAUCACCUGUACUCACCAACAGUUCGGUCUCCCACACCAGCUCUUUAGUUGGCACCCCAUUAAGUGAAUCUGGUAUUCCCACUGACAGAGGACUUGGAUUACCAUUUUCUGGAGAUUUGAUGGAAGAGGAGAAUGAUGAGGAAGAGCAUGAGGAGGGGAUUGAUUUAGAGAGCACUAACCUGCCUAAAUGGGCUUUGGAAGUACAGCGUGGGAGGGAAAAAAGACAACAGGCAGGAACUUCUGAUCUGCUGAGUUUCACUGAGGAGCUGAUUGGAGGGUCUUCAUUUCAACAAACAGAUUCACAAACACUUGAGCCAAAGAGAGACACAUUCCUACAUAAUACAAUGGAUUACUAUAAUGGACAGCCUCUGAGGACUGGUGAUCAUGAUAGAUGGUCAACUGAGCAACACAUUGGAGACCAUAAGUCUUCUCAAGAAAGUUAUUCACCUGUUUUAAGAAGACACCAAGAUGUGACAUCACAGUUUUCCUCCCAGCCAGCCAGCGAGAACGCUGCAUACCAGUGGACAGGAAGUGAGAAUAUAACUCAGGAUCAAACCCAACAUGGCUACAACUACCACCACAUUGACCAAAGAACUGAACACCAGAGCGCCCACGCAGCCUGUGUAGCUACUAAACCCAACAGCCAGCAAAACACCACAGAUGUCUAUGCUGAGUUUACAACUGAUACCACCGCUCUGCAGUACGGAUCUGAGCAGGCUGAGAGCUAUUAUGAUGCUGGAGGCAAUGCUGAGUACAGAUUGGAUGAUCAAAGUCCCAGGUUCACGUAUAUAGCUGAACGCCAGUAUGGAGAUGACUCCAACUCUGAACUUCAGUGCUCUCAGUAUCACACUGAUGACCAGGGACAGUAUGAAUCAGACCACGGCCAUUACCAGUAUGACGGACAGCAAUUUUAUCAAUCACAUAUCCAGCCUGAGAGAGAAGAUCAUGCACGGUAUGUGCCGGAGGGAUACGUCCACUUCCUUUUCUCAAGACACUCCCAACAGGGAGACGGUGCAGCAGGGAUGAUGAUGAAGACGGCCUCCAGUGAGGAGGCUGCUGAGGAGAUGGAUAACAGAGAAGAUCCUCCCUCCUCUGCAGAUCUGUCAGGCGGGUCCAAUCAAAGGAGAAAGCUGACAGCUCCACCCAUGAAUGUGUCACUGGACCGCAGUGAGGGGUCUCUUCUCUCAGAAGAUGCCCUGGACACAGAGGAUGAGGCCUUGGAUACUGGUGAUGAUCUUGAUGUCAACAUAGACGAGCUGGACACACCUGACGAGGCCGACUCACUGGAGUUCAACCGACACGGAGAAGAGUCUCACCUGGGUGCAGCAGCAGCAUCAAGUGAAUCUAUCGCAGGACACAGAGCAGCUGAGGAGAGCCGAGAAAACAGGCUGUGGAGGAGUGUGGUAAUCGGAGAGCAGGAGCAUCGCAUUGAUAUGAAGUGCAUUGAGCCGUACAAAAGAGUUGUUUCCCACGGAGGUUAUUACGCUGAACAGAAUGCCAUCAUCGUGUUUGCAGCAUGCUUUCUACCUGACAGUGACUGUGACAACUACAAUUAUGUAAUGGAAAAUCUUUUUCUGUAUGUAAUCAGUACCUUGGAGCUAAUGGUGGCAGAAGAUUACAUGAUUGUUUACUUGAAUGGCGCCACACCACACCGGAGGAUGCCCGGCUUCACCUGGAUGAAAAAGUGCUACCAAAUGAUAGAUAGAAGACUGAAGAAAAACCUUAAGAUGUUCAUCAUUGUCCAUCCUUCCUGGUUCAUACGGACUUUGCUGGGAAUCACCAGACCUUUCAUAAGCUCCAAGUUUAGCAGUAAGAUCAAGUAUGUGAACAGUCUGCAGGAGCUUGGAGAAAUCAUCCCAAUGGAGUACGUCCACAUUCCACCCAGCAUUGUAAAGUAUGACGAGGAGAGGGGUUUACACAAAUUUGCAUGCAUGAGACUGGAUACAGAACUGCAAGACGCAGCAGCUAAAGCUGACAGGAAGGGGAGCUCCUUUGUCUGACAGUUUCAAGAUACCUGGCUGCUACCUACCUUCUCCCUGCAUUAUGCUGUGCUCUACCACAGCAUAUCUGAAUAUAAGCCAGCCUGCAGCAUGAUGUGUACGGCAUGUAGUUGUUACACCAACAACUAGCAAUGGGUUAGAAAGGAAGAUGCUGUGGUACAAAACAUCAGGCAGUUGCUUGUUCAUUGAGGAAAAUACUAACCUGAGGGUGCUGAACAUAAUACUGUAUUUACAGUGCAGAGACUGUCACUGUGCCGAAGGGAAGAUACUUUAUCCUGUAUUACUGUACCUUACACAGCACUUGAUUGUGUCCCCCAUACUGUAGCGAUUGUUUUCUUUGACUUAAUCUUUAAUUUGAACAAUACUUUGAUUCCCAUGUGAUUCACUGUGGAGGAAUUACUAACCGGCUUUGUCACAUUCAUGUAUUAAUCUGUCCUGUCAGCUGUCACCUGUACUUUUUGUAGCCCAUCUUCAUAAUGAAAAGUGGGGAUUCUCUGAAGCUGUGGCGAGGCUCAUGACACUUACAGCUAAUAACCAAACACAUGCAAACAUAAAUUGUAUUACAGACCAUCUGCUCGCACAUAAACAUUUGUGUUGCCUUGGUAAUUGGGAUGUGACUGUAAUGUAGCUCUGUCAAUAGUCUGUAAUGUUAAGGGACACUCUAUUUAGACUGUAAUAUUAGGUAGUCAACAGUUUACAAUAAUAUGAUUCACACGACAAAAUCUUUGUACUGUAACUGUGUGUUCAGUUUUAAUGACAUGAAACAGAAUGGCUGAGCCGAGGUUUUUGAAUAGUUACCGAGGGCGGAGGUGGCUCUUGUCACAGUGGGUUUUUACAUGAUGUCACCAUCUCACUCAGCACCUCAUACAAUCUUUAAAAGGCUUUCAUCUAAUAAUACUGUGUGUCACUGUGAGAAAAACUUGCAACAUCAUAGCAUAAAGGUAGCAAAACAGCAGUUAUCUACAACGGCCCUGAGAGCUCAGCACACUUUCAGCUGAAGAGAACAGCAUGAAUUUGACAACGUAUGAGCAGCAAGCUGAGAAAACACAAGCGAAUACAGAAACACGCUGCAAAUUUCAGCAACGUUUUCUGUCCUUGAUUGUGUUUUACCAUUUCUGUAUGUGUGUUCUUAAGUUGUGAUGCGUUAAGUUUUGAGGGCCAGCGUAGUGAUGAGUAGCUGCAGUAAUGUGUUGCAUGCUUUCAGUUGCAACAGUUUGAGAUGACUCUGAUCUGAUUACUCACUCGAAGCAUAACUGUGUAAUUUUAGCCAUGGUUUAUCGUGUGUGUGUGUGUGUGUGUGUGUGUGAGAGAGAGAGAGAGAGAGAGAGAGAGAGAUUGUUAGGAGUGAUGAGGAAAUUCUAAAUGUUGAAUGAUGGUUAAAGAGGUAGAGUAUGGGGAGCGCAACCCAAUCGCCAGAAUCAAUGUUGGCAUCGUACAUUUUGUACAUUUCUACAUACCACAGAUACGUUAUAUUUGUAUGUUUCAUAUGUGUGUAUUUACAUUUUAAGUAUUAAAUUCUAUGUUGUGACAAUGUUCUGGUUAGGUGUGAUUAGGUUAGGCUCAAAAAACACCUGGUUCAGGUUCGGAAAACAUUGUGUUUCCGCUUAAAAUACCCGGUUUGGUCACUGCAAGCCGCUCAUUUACAUGUUAUCUAAAUUACAUUAUUGAAAUGAUAUAUUUAUGAAAUGUACAAAUGCAAUGUCUCUGAAGUUUGCAGAAAUGUAUAAUACCAACAUUUUAUUCUGGUAACUGGGCUGAGAUAGUGCCUACUGUUCAGAUUGAGAUGUGUACCUUUAUUUGCCUUUUCUUACAUUUGUAUACAUUUGUUUGUCGCUUGCAAGGUAUUCAUUUGUUGUAAAAUAUGUCCAAUGUUUUACUUCAUUAAAGAUGUGUUCCUCCUCAACAGUCUUUACAAAAAGAAUACUAUACACCACAAUAAACACAUUGCUCAUUGCAUAAUAAUCAAAAGUA